AUGUCUGGGAUGAUCGUAUGCUGGACUUUGACAAGCCUGCGGUUAGGCGGGGACAGCUUGGGGGCGAAGCGGUACAAGAACAGGCAGUACAUCUUUGGCAGUGUGCUCAAGAUGGAAGCGUCCCAAGAGGAGGGUUUUGAAAGACGGCAUAUCUUGCUCGUCGCGUACACCGUGGAGAAUCCGAGCAAUUCCUUCAAUGUCGUGGUUUUGCUGUUGCAUUACCUGUCGGAGGAGAGACUGGGUGCGGGGAGGGAGGGGCUAGAGGAUUGGGGCAAGGUCUCGGAGGGGCUGAGAGACUGGUUUUGGGAACGAAAGAAGGUUAGUGGGGUGAUUGAUGUGAUAAGUAUGGCGCUGUAUGAUUUGUUUGGGGGUGCGGAUGAGCCGGACCUGGAGAUCCUCCGAGAACGCUGUUUCAGAUAUUUCGAACUAGGCGGGGAUAGGGUCGCUUGCGCAGUCGGGCUUCUUUCUGCGUGA